AUGUCUGGAGACUUUGAUGAGCGAGCGGCGCCGUUGUGGUCCGUAUACGUACGUAAGGCAGAGGCCUGGGACAAGGGGUAUCUGGUCGGAUUGAAAGAGGAGAUGGCCACGGUUAUGACCUUCGCAGGUCUAUUCUCAGCCGCCGUGACCACCUUCCUUGUGUCAAGCUAUCCUACGCUUCAGCCCGACCCUCCUUCUCAAACGGAGGUCAUCGCUCAGCAAUCCGUCUUCAUCCUUACGUCAAUAGCGGUCCAGCUUGGGGUCAAUGCGUCCACCCUUCCUGAUCCUUCGUUACCCCGUCUCGACACGUUUGCACCCACCGCAUCCAAUGUUCGCGUGAACACGCUCUGGUCUCUAAGCUUGGUAUUCAGCCUACUCGCUGCCCUUUCAGGGAACAUCAUACAACAGUGGGCGAGAGAUUACACGCGUAUCUAUCAGCGUCAGGCCUCAGACCUCAGACGAGCACGCAUACGCCACUACUUCUUCGAAGGCGCGGAAGCUUUCAAACUAGCAGUCAUGCUGGAUCUUAUACCCAUAUUAUUGCACUCGGCUGUAUUUUUGUUCUUCAUCGGCUUGUGUGACAUGCUCUGGCAGAUCAAUAGGGUGGUGUCCUUGACUAUCGUUUCCCCAGUCGCCCUGGCCGGCACGAUAUAUAUAUGUCUGACGGUCUCUCAUGUCAUUGACGCACAAUCGCCGUACCGAUCGCCCUUCUCCGGACCCUUGUGGUAUCUUGUGCAACGCGUUCGCGAAAGCACGCGACGAAACCUCAACCCAAAAGGCCCUGGACGCUCGAUCAGCUGCAAUAUGCUGGAUGGGUGCGCUCAGCUUGCUAUGGAUGAAUGCGACCGUCGCCGCAAACGGGAUGGUAGUGCGGUGUGCUGGCUAGUCAAUAACCUUACAAAUGUUGAACUAGAGCCUUUCCUGCACGGAAUUCCUGGUUCGCUCGGUACGAAAUGGGGUAGGGCCGUUUGGCGGGAGGUGGCCCUCAUGACAAUGGGGCAGAAUGUGCCGCUCAUGACGAUGGUUGGCGCAAAUGCGGAGUCUGACACCAGUGCACUUAUAAGUUCCACAAGUGCUGUGUUCGAUCUGAGAGAACGUGUUACUCUGUUACUUCGCACUUGCAUUGACCCCGGUGUUCUUGAACCUGCUGCGCGCCGCCGACGCUGUCGGACUUGUAUCGAGGCAAUAUUGUCACUCACAUUGUAUAUGAAAGAGGGUGAGAGUCAAUGGAAUCCUGACAGAAGCACCAUGGUCCAGGCACUUCAUUACCUAGCAGAUGCUUCCAGCCAUCCUGCUGUCAAAGGUCAAGACGUGCGACCUCUCGCAGAUCACACCUUUCGACCAUACUGGAUUUGCAUGUCGAUUCUGAUAGUCCAUGCAUCGAUUCAAGAUGUGCGUGUACGCGAGUCUGCUGGUCGCGCGAUCAAUGAGUUUGCCUUUGCUUCUGCAGAGCCGAUGACAAACAUCCAUGCUGCGGCGAUGAAAUGCACUGCCUUGUUCGAUAAACUUGUGAAGAAGGCUUGGGAUGCUGGACGUGUCUUACAUGAUACGCUCGACACGACCAAUGCUUCAGAGGAAGGUUUGAUGGAGGUUCGUGAAGAACAUGGGGAGAACAUCGCUGAACUGGAGUACUGCUGGAACAUCAUGGGUUGGGCUAAACCGGCGGAUGAUGCUAUGCGUUCAGCAGUGGAGAUCCUGUCGGAGGUCACAGAAGGCCUGCUCAUGCUUUUGCCAAGUGCCAGCAUCGCAACUGCACCUUCAGUUCGUCCGCAUGAUACGUAUGGAGUAUCAGGCGCUUUGAUACCGCACUUUCUGUUACCUCUUACAAUGGUUCGACGUCUGGCCGGGACUGCCUGGAGUUUGCAGGAUAUGCGGUCAGCCGCAUGGGAAUGGUACCUCCCAAAACCCAAACUCGUGGAUCUGAGUCCGGCAGAAUUGUUCGGAGAUGACAUGUGCCGACGCAUGAGCUCAGUCGCAGCUGGCCGAGAAGGGAGCAACCACCCCUUUCGGGAACAGCUUUGGCGGUUGGAAGAUCUUGCGGCGGAGCAUGGCGGAAGUCUGUAUGCUCUGGACCUACUCUUUCUUGAAUUGCGAUCUUCACCUGUAAGGCAAACACUGGAGAAUAAAGAGCUCUAUCUGGGAACAUUUCGAGUGGUGAUUGCGCAUUGGAAGGCUCGUUGUGAUGCACACGAUUUUCAAGCUGGCCUCGUCGCCCGCUUGCGCGACAUACUUUGGACAGACACCGUCGGCACUGCUCGACCCCUCCGUCGCCUCCCAUCUUUCAUCAUUGAUGAGAUGCUGCGGCUUGUGACUGAUGUUUUUUCAUCGGCAAAAAAGCCAAGUACGACCAUCAUAGACGAUGCUGUCCGUGCCGUCGAAGAAUGCCUGUUACUACCUUCGAUUCCCACCUCGACGAGGAGCUUGGGUCAGGUAUUCCUAGAAAACAUCAGGCCGCCCAGGCUCGAUAUGUCGAAUGAGACCACAACUGGGCCGACCCACAUCAGAAUACCGUAG